UGCGGGGAGGAGCCGCGGGGCCGCGCCGUGCCCGUCCCGCUGCCGAUGCCCGCGGCAUGGCGGGGCUGCCCGGAGCGGCGCGGAACCCCAGCGGCUCCCCGGGCUCCUCCCUGCCCGCCCUGGAUGCUGCCUUCCUCCUCUCGCCCAUCGGGGGGCUGAUGGUUGCCCAGAUCGUGCUGGGCCUGCUGGUGUGGGCACUGAUCGCAGACACAACGUACUACCUCCACGCUGCCUACGGCUGGGUGCUGUUCGUGUCCAUCUUCUUCUGGAUACUGACACUGCUGCUCCUCCUGACUUACCUCCUGCAGCUCCAGCUCAAGCUCUACGUGGUCCCCUGGGCCCUUGUGCUGAUGAUCUUCAACCUGGUGGCCACUGUGCUCUACAUCACUGCCUUCGUGACCAGCGCCGCCGCCGUCCAGCCCACGUCCUGGCGCCAGUGGGACUACAACCGCAGGGCUGCCGCCUCCUUCUUCGCCUGCGUGGUGAUGAUCACCUACGGGGUGAGCACCUUCUUCAGCUUCCGCGCCUGGAAGGGGCUGGGCAGCAACGCGGCCACCAGCCAAGCCAGCCAGCACGCCUAG